AUGAACGUGACUCAUAUAGGCCAGCUGAAUGCUACUCCAUCACCAUCUCCAAUGAUGAGGAACGACGUUGAAGUUUACGUACAAGUCGUUGUGCUGGUCAUUAUUUGCAUCGGCAGCGUGUUUGGGAACGUCUUCGUUAUAGGAAUUGUGAUCUUCGAUCACAAACUCCACAAGCCCACGUAUUAUUUCAUCAGUAGUUUGGCGUCCGCAGAUUUCCUUGUCGGAGCGAUUUACAUCCCAUUUUACAUCAUGGCAUCGCUCGCUCAGAAUUGGUAUAUUUCCCUCACUUGGUGCAAAUGGCAUGCAACUUUCAUUUCAGUGAGUAUCAACGCCUCUUUGGUUACGUUGUCUUUGGUCAGCGUGGAUCGCUAUCUCGCCAUAACCGAUCCUUUAAGGUAAGAAACAACUGCAAAGAUAUAUACAAAACCGGGAAAAAAAAAACCCUUAAUUAACCUCGACCUCUCCCGUACUCUCUAUUCAAAACUCGCAAUCAAAAUUUCAACAAUGGUUUACAACACGGUUAGCACUUGACUAAGCAAUGGCGUCUUGUUUAUAUUCUCUUAGUUCAAGUUCCUGAGCACCUCGGUUUUAUUUACAAAACCCAUUCACCAAGUGUUAUGUAUAGUUGUUGAUACUGGCAAAGAGCGGCCGACAAUAUCCAAAUUAUGUUUGAAUAAAAUUACAUGUUGAUGAAUUCCAAAAGCAGGAAAACGAGUAUUCAGCAAGUCAAAGCAGCUCAUUUUAACCUCCGCAUCAGAUUAGAAGGCGCCAUUGAGUUACAAUACGAACAAGAAAGAAGAGUUCAUUUCCUGGACCUUUGUGCCCCUGGUACACCUUGAGAUUUGAUCAGUAAACUAUCGUUAAUUCAAGAUGCGGACCAAAAAAAGCUAACAUGUAAUUAUGAAUGAAGAAUCUUUGUAAAUUAUUCUGCUCUGCACAGGGUUUUUCAUAAGCGAUAUUUUAAAAGCAAAAUUUUAUGGGUCUUCACCAGAUUACGACUGAAUCAAUCUGGAUACUAGUGUAUGGGAUUUAGACACGAAAAAAACAUUUGCAAGGCGGAAAAAGGCUUUGAUAACAAAGAUGGUGCAUGUUUGAUUAAGCCAUAGUUGAAAAUGGUUUACAAAAAACAAUUAAAAAAGUUAAUAGCAAGACUAGAAAAGUAACUAAAGAAAAGACUAGGAAAGACUAAAUAAAUAAACUCGCAAAAAAAUUUUAAAUGAAAUUUUACAGUUCCAUAUUAGAUUCAAUAUCAAGGGUUUUUUUAAGAGAUAUAUGAAAAUGACGAACGUAAGCCUAAAAUUGACAACCUUUUCAUUAAAAACGGAAAUGAAUUUGUCAGUCCUACCAAAUUAAGAGAUGUAGACUUCUUUGAAUAAUUAAAAUCGCUUGAAUUUUCAAAGCUUUCUUUCUGAAGAUCGUUAAUUUACAUGUCGUAAUGAACAUUAAAAAAAGAUACAAUUAGCGAUCCCUUGAGACAAAAGCAACUGUUUUGAUGAUUUACAGAGCAGGAGAAACUAAAAACUUCUAACUUAAUUUAAUUCGAUACCGCAGAGUUUACCUUCGAUUACAUCUAAUGAUAUUGAGUUUUGAAAGAUUUUUCCCUCGUUAUAUAAGAGGUAGGUUAAUGAAAACAUCUGCGACAAAAUGAAUCUACAGAAUUGAUGAAAAACCACAUCCCGUUAACAACAUUUCCAACCACUGCAUAGAACGUAUUUACAUUCAUUUAUUGGCCUGGUUUCUAGGCUGAUAACUAGGGUAUAUCAGUAUGAGUCUAAUUAUUUCAUAAUCCGCCAGAUGGAAUCUGUUCUCCUUUUUCCACAAUGCAAUGUUUAGGAAACACAAUCAGGCAGCUACAUACAGAGUUGCAAUUGUUUUCAAAUUCACAUAAUUUAAAGCAAUAUCUCAAAAGAGAACUAUGCUCCAUCAAAAUGGUUCCUAAAAACAGAUGGGGUUUUCCCACCCUACUGAACAGGCAUCAUGUUUUUUCGUUUAAAGGCAAGCGGACGCAAGCGCGAGGCGAACGUGAAGGGCGAGAGUCGCGUUCCUUUUCGCGCUCCCUCUCACGCGAGAAUAUGUUUUCGUGUUUGCCUUGCGCGUAGGUCCGCUUGACUAACUUGUAUAUUCCUAAGCCGGCUACCCAAAUCAAAUUCUGUUUCAAGAGCACUCCAACCUUUCAAAACGAUAUAAUCAGUUUUAAAGCCCUUCGAAAACUUGAAUAUAAAAUCGGCGUAUUUUAAAACACGGUGUUUAAAACGAAUUGCCAUAGACAAAUUCUGCGGCAAGGAAUAUUAGUUUUCCUGAUGGUAAAAUUUAGAGUAAAUUUGACUUAUCAAAUUUCAUCUGGUAGAAAUUCACAUCAUAAUGUUUGCGUCAUAUUAGACCUCAAGUUCUCUUAAUGGGCAAAUUCGUAUGACGCAUUAUUACAUUCAGUAUGCCGGAAACAGUUAAUGAAAAGUUGUUUAAAAGCUGACAUUUCGAACUUUAGCCCUUUGUCAUUAGCUCUGACGAAGGGCUAACGCUCGAAAUGUCAGCUUUUAAACUCUUUUAAACUCGGUGGCCAAUUUGCGUUGAUAAUACUAUGUUAAUCUGUUGUACUCCCUCACCGACGCAGCACAACAGUUUCUUUAGAAACUUACCCUCCUCUAAUUGUCACUUGGUCAUGCUGACUGUGGAGAUAACUCCAUGUCUGCUUUGGACUUCUUUCGUGUUUAGAUCAACAGGGAAAGACGUUUUCUUUGACAGCUAUCUUACAUCUGCUUGUUAAUUUGCAUUGGUCAGUGUCUUAUGAUGAGCGAAUUUAACAAUGGUUGUAUCGGAAGGAAAUUGAAAGAAAGCUGAGAGGCUCAUUGACUUAUUGUAUUACUUCAAGUGGACUAGAGUUGGCCCUAAAAUCGAUUGUUUUGCGGUUGUCAAAUAAAAUCAUUCAUAUAGCCUGCAAAUAGAAGGUGUUUUCAGAACGAAACUACGAGUUCAAAGAAGCCCUCAUCUGAUUAACUGUACAACAGCAGAAAAUGAAUCAUUCGAACUCUCCGAGGAUUGAAAAUGCAAUUGAAUGCAAACACAUUUUCUUUAAGUCAUCUGUACAGCUAUCUGUACCUUGUUCUUACAGAAGCUUCAUUAUCGCAGCAGUCGUUAUCAAUUUAGUGGCCAGUCCUUUCACCGUUCUGUUGAACGCCAUAGUAAUGGUGGCCGUGAAAACCAAGAAACGACUACAAACUCUCCCAAACAUCUUGUUGGCAGGUAUGGCGCUGACAGAUCUCAGAUCGGAUCUUAUUUCUGGUCUCAUCACCCAACCCUUUUACAUAACCGUGACUAUUUACCUUGUGAAAGAAAAAACUUUUGGCGGAAUUUGUGACAUUAAUUUGGCUUUUAGCAUUUCCUAUUUCCUUACAUUCUGGACUUCGGUGGUACAUUUGUUUUUAAUCAGCGGAGAGCGUUACCUCGCCAUGAAAUACACUUUUUGUUAUUACCGCUUCAUCACCAAAGGUCGUCUAUUGGUAGCGUGUGCUGUGCCGUGGAUUACCUCAGCACUUCUCUUUUACACUUUCACACAAUCAGCAAAGUGUUUUUACAUUCUGGUAGCAUCUAUCAUUUUCACGACGAUUUUACUCCACAGACUUGUUUACGAAGAAGCCAAACGGCAUGAGGAAAAAAUUUCGUUGGAACAAGUUACGAUAGAAGCCAGGACCAAAUUUCAAGGGGAGAAGAAAGCCCUCAAAGUAACAUCGAUCAUUUUCGUCGCAAUAUUUCUUUGUUGCGUUUUGCCAGUUGCUGUCAGGACCAUAACAUGGAACGUUUUGAGCAGGCAUUUUUCGAGCGAUACAAAAACAUUCUUUCGUCAGGCUAGCAUGUUGCUGUCGUUUACCAACUCGCUGGUCAACCCUGUUAUUUAUACAGUACGAAAGAGAGAGUUUCGAUUUGCUUUUAGGGAGUUGCUUCUAGCAAAAUGUUUUAAGGAUACUGUGGACGUGAAAAGGAGCUUCAGUGUAUUUCGUUUAAGAAAAAGUAUCGUAAACCCAGAAGAUCAACGGGGAGAUGAAACAACCACCACAACCAAAGAACGAGGCUCGCACUGAAGAGUUAACAAAAAAAGGAAACAUACGCUUAAAAGCCUUGAAAUUAUCACUCGAAGGCAGUUAUGAACUGAAGUGGAAACAGUUUUUUUUAGGUUUUGGAAAAUAUUUUUAGGUUGGUGUCUUUUUUUAAGGUGAUGGCAAGACAGACAAACCACAAAAUGAACAUCACAUCUCCGCUGAGAAAUAGGUACCUGAUAGGUAUAUGUAUGUGCUGCAACAGGAAGUUACUUUUUUGCGGUUCUAUUCGUGAUCAAGUAAUAUUGUUGAUUGUCCUGAUUUAUUUCCUACAGCAACUGAACACUGUUCGCUAACUGAUGUAGUGAACGGCAAGAAUAUUAAUUACGAUACUUUUAAGACUAUUUUUAAAAGAACGUUUGUCGUGACACGAGAGAAGCGUGGUGGAAAUGGUUGAUGCAUACAGAAUUCCAAAUAAAAUAUGGUCUCUGACGACAAUGUUUAGUAGGAAAUCAGGUGUUUCUCUGAAAGACUAGUUGUAUCAAAUUAAUUAUACUCUGAAACCCUCCCUUAAAUUUGCAAGACAAAAGAAAACGAUAUCGCAGAUCAACUUGUGAUUACAGGGUAAUAUAUUUAGUGUUUUUACGGCACACUUCUCUCUACAUAUUUUUUCGUAAGUUUAUAGCCUUGAAAAGCUGUAACUAGAAACCUUCUGGUUGGUUGCCGUUUGUAAUUAAAUUAACACGCGAGUGAAAUGGUUACAUUUUGGUGAAUUAACCUGUGCCUGUGCCUGUGAAUGUUAAACUUUUACUAACUAUGGGCUUUCAGUAAAAAAAGAGUCACUUUUCAGAAUACAUAUUAUCCCUCUACGCCCUAACAUCAGUAGGCAUAUUCUUCACUCUGUUUUCUGUUCAUCUCCUGAGGUGCUGACAUAGAGAAAGUGUGUAACAACCAAGGGCUUCUUUAAUUCGUGACCACUUCCCUUAUUCUCGUAACCUUAAGCUUUAAUUCAGGGUGAUUUUUCAGGGAGAAAUAAGAUACUAAUAAAUCUUGGGGGUUGAAGGGUUAAAGCAUUGCCAUAACUUGAUUGCGAUCAUUUUACCUUCUAGGUACCAGACUAUUCUAACCACGAUCCGCUCAGUCGUGCUGCUUCUUUUGGGUUGGGUCCAUUCCAUUUUCUGGGCAUUUGCACCGCAGUUCGGUUGGGGCGAGGUUGUUUAUCAGCCCAAGACCUCCACCUGCCGUCCAAACUGGGGCGCAAAGGGACUGGCGAAUAGGGUGUAUACUCUCGGUCUGGCAUUGUUGCCAUUUGGUGCUCCAGUGAUCUGCAUGAUAUACUGUUACUGUAGAAUCUUCUUUGUGGCUAGGUACCACGUGAGAGAGAUUAAAAAGAACUCAGUGAAUACGCCAGGCUCCAACACGAUUGGCCAAAGAGCCAUGGAAACCAAGGCUAUGAAGACGCUGCUAAUUGUUCUUGGAGCCUUUGUCGUUUCCUGGCUUCCAUACACAGUAUUGUCGAUGGCCAAGAUGAUUUCCAAAGGAUCUUGGGAAUUCUCGAGCAGUAUUCUGAACGCAGUGCUCACCAUUACGCUCCUAAAUGGUUGUGUGAACCCAGUGAUCUACGCUAUUCGAGACAAGAGGUUUUGCAAAGGAAUGAAACGUGUGCUAUGUCCGCUGGCGCGAAAAGACUCUCAAGACUUCAACAGCUAUCUGUCCAGUAGGAGAGAUACAACGAAAGAAACGAAAGCGGAGAAUUUCGAAAUGGGAAACAUCAACUUUGCUCAGGAAAGUUGA